CAACUUUUUCUAAUAAUUACCAAAGUUUUAACAUCAAAUAUGUGCAACCGAAUUUCAUCGAUAUUAAACUACGUAACGUAACGAUCUUGGAGAACAUUAGAGGUAAUACGGCAUUUUUUCAGUUUGGAAGCAAGAGACUCAAAAACUUACGCAUAACUGGAACUGUCCUGUUUGACCGUGUGUAUUUUAUUUCCAAUUCGAAAGACUAUGAUGGUAAAAUCGUCCACUUAUUUAGUGUCACUGUCCCUGAAUCUCAUGAUGGUAACAUUACAUUUACUUUCCGGCGAUCUAUGUUCAAAAAUAACUUCCACAGAAAUGCCAAUAUGAAUUUCUCUAUCCCUGAGACGCUGUUUUUCUUUCAGCUACCAGAGGACUACGCAAACAGUACCAGUAAAUCAUGUUCUAAAUUCCCAUCGUAUAUUUACAGAAACAUUUUUGUAUUUGAGGAUGUCUUCUUUGAAAACAACACAGGCCCUUCAUUCAUCACAUAUUUCGCUAAUGGCAAACACUUCCUCGUAAAUUGCCUGUUUAAGAACAAUUAUUGUUUCAAACCAAAAACUGGAGCUCAUCUCUUUAUCCAGGAAGGCACAUCAAGCGUAGAAUUUCAAAACACCAAUUUUAUCCAAACCAUUGGAAAACCCAGUUUUUUGACAUCCAGAAUUGCCAAAAAUGAUACUUCCUCGAUGUUGUUUGUAUUUGCAGGAGCCCGUGGUCCACUGCUGCUAAUAAACUCUAAUUUUGUUUCCAAUGACACUUCAGCGAGGAGUAUCCCACAUUUUACCAUUCAGACUGAAGGCUACGUGCACAUUGACACGAGCACAAAACUACUUUGUCCGGUUGGAAGCUACAUGGAUCUUGUAGAUGGCUCUCAUCUCAUACACCAGGRCUCAAACAGUGGCUGCAUAAACAUUACUCAGCGUAAGUUUAUCUGCAAAAUGUGCGGGGUGGGAAAAUACAGUCUUGAGAGGGGAUCCUACCAGAAGAAAACUUUAAAACCAAUUACCUGCCUUGAAUUUUGUCCAUUCGGAGCCGAUUGUACCUGGAACAUUCAAAGUCGGCCAAACUUUUGGGGCUACAGCACCACAGCAAAUUAUCCUCCUCAGCUGAACUUUACUAGAUGUCCUGAAUACUAUUGCCGUGUGCCUAAAUCAAAGACCAACGCUUCAGUUUAUAAUAGAUGUUCUGGUAAUCGAACUGGAUUGAUGUGUGGGGCGUGUAAGGAAGGUUACACCGAAAGCCUGUUCAAUCAAAAGUGCCGUCCUGAAGAUAAGUGUAAAGAUGGUUGGUUCUGGGUAGUAGCUGGUCUGUUUUCGGUCAUUAUGGCGGGCUACCUACUGUGUAAACCCCCAAUUGUUUUUUACCUAAGAAAUAAUCUUUUGUGGUUCAAACACCUGAAGCCAUCGAUGCAAUACAUAACGCACGAACAGGAAGGAACCACACAUGGUCAUGGCGGACACGGCUAUUCUAAAAUCAUUUUCUAUUUCUACCAAGUUGCUGAUCUUCUUAUGUUGGAAUC